AUGGCGCCGGGAAUCAUUGAUCCUCAGCCAGCUGUGUCCAACAGCCGCAUCCGUUCUCUACAUUCGAUCACAGAACCUUACGAUGAUACCUUGUUAUUCUACCUCAAUGGCACAAAGAUUGUACUCGACUCGACGUCGAUAGAUCCUGAAAUCACUUUGCUCGAGUACCUUCGAGGAAUAGGAUUGACCGGCACGAAGCUGGGAUGUGCCGAGGGAGGUUGCGGUGCUUGCACAGUAGUCGUCUCUCAGUUGAAUCCAACAACUAAUUCGCUGUACCAUGCUUCUGUCAAUGCCUGUCUCGCACCUCUAGUGAGCGUUGACGGAAAGCAUGUGAUUACAGUCGAGGGAAUCGGAAAUGCCCAGGAUCCGCACCCAGCUCAAGAGCGAAUUGCCAAAAGUAUGGGCAGCCAAUGUGGAUUUUGCACCCCUGGAAUCGUCAUGAGCCUCUACGCAUUGCUGCGUAACAAUACAGAUCCAUCCGAAUUAGAGAUUGAGGAGGGUUUCGACGGCAAUCUCUGUCGAUGCACAGGAUAUCGGCCCAUACUUGAUGCUGCUCAAACCUUUGGCAGAGGGAAAAGCUGCAGCAAAAGUGCUGCGAACGGUGGCAAAGGUUGUUGCAUGGAAGAGGGCAACAAGGCAGGCAUGAAUGGCUGUGGUGUGAAAAAUAUCGAUUUGAACGGCAAUGGCGUGGUCAAAAGAUUUACGCGACCUGACUUCGUUGAAUAUAAACCUGAAACCCAGCUCAUCUUCCCACCUGCAUUGCGAAAGCACGAGUUCAGAGCGUUGUCAUUUGGUAACAAGCGUAAGAGGUGGUUUAGACCAGCCACCCUCAACCAACUGUUGGAGAUCAAGAGCGUCUACCCUUCUGCAAAGGUCAUCGGAGGCAGCACUGAGACUCAAAUUGAAAUUAAAUUCAAGGCAAUGCAAUAUACUGCUUCAGUCUACGUUGGUGACAUAGCUGAGCUCCGUCAAUUUUCAUUUCAUGACGGUCACCUUGAGAUUGGAGGUAACGUGGUUCUCACCGAUCUAGAGCAUAUCUGCCAGAAGGCUAUCGAGCACUAUGGACAUGUAAAGGGCCAACCUUUCCAAGCCAUAUAUAAACAGAUCCGAUAUUUUGCAGGUCGACAGAUCAGGAAUGUAGGGACUCCAGCAGGGAAUUUAGCCACAGCAUCCCCUAUAUCAGACUUGAAUCCUGUAUUUGUUGCUUCAAAUACCGUGUUGGUUGCGAAAUCUUUGGAAAAGGAGACGGAAAUCCCAAUGACUGAGUUCUUCAAGGGUUACAGGACUACAGCAUUGCCUCCGGAUGCUGUCAUAGCCAGCCUUCGAAUCCCUGUAGCGCGUGAAGAAGGCGAGUAUUUUCGGGCCUACAAACAGGCGAAGCGUAAGGACGACGACAUUGCCAUCGUAAAUGCUGCCCUACGGGUCUCCUUAGACAAAUCUGACAUGGUUCAAAGCGUCAAUUUAGUCUAUGGAGGGAUGGCUGCAACGACUGUGACUGCAAAAGAAGCUGUACAGUAUCUCAAAGGUAAAAGCUGGAGCGACAUCGAUACCUUAGAAGGUACAAUGAACGCACUUGGGAAGGACUUCGAUCUCCGUUUCGGUGUACCCGGUGGCAUGGCUACAUAUCGAAAAUCGCUUGCCCUGGGUUUCUUCUACCGAUUCUAUCAUGAGGUACUUGCUCAACUCCAUGUGAAACAGGAAACCUUAGAUGAAGACGUCCAAGGCGAGAUAGAGCGCGGCAUAUCUUCAGGUGAGAAAGACGAAGAAGCUAGCCGAGCUUAUGAGCAGCAAAUCUUGGGAAAAUCAAAUCCUCAUGUUGCUGCAUUGAAACAAUGUACUGGUGAAGCACAGUAUACCGACGACAUGCCUGUCCAGAAGAACGAACUCUUCGGUGUCUUGGUGUUGUCGACGAAGGCGCACGCAAGAAUAUUGAGUGUGAAUGUAGAUGGUGCCAUCGAUCUACCUGGGGUUCAUGACUGGGUAGACCACCGUGAUUUGCCAAACCCAAAAGCUAAUUGGUGGGGCGCUCCAAAUUGCGACGAGGUCUUCUUUGCAGUGGACGAGGUGUUCACGGCGGGCCAGCCAAUUGGAAUGAUCCUGGCUGACUCGGCAAAACGUGCAGAGGCCGGCGCAAGAGCAGUGAAGAUUGAGUAUGAGGACUUACCAGCCGUCUUUACAAUUGAGGAGGCUAUUGCAACAGAGAGUUAUCACCCACACUACCGGUACAUCAACAAAGGCGAUGUGAACGGCGCGUUUGAAAAGGCAGACCACGUCUUUUCCGGCAUUGUAAGAAUGGGUGGUCAAGAACAUUUUUACCUUGAGACACAAGCAAGUUGCGUCGUUCCUGAACCUGAGGACGGUGAGAUGAAAGUGUACAGCAGUACGCAAAACCCUACCGAAACUCGCAGCCAAGCAUACGUAGCUCAAGUUACGGGAGUACAAGCCAACAAAAUCGUCACCAAAGUGAAAAGACUUGGUGGAGGAUUCGGAGGUAAGGAAACGAGGUCUGUUCAAUUAGCUGCGAUCUGCGCAGUUGCUGCAAAGAAAACGAAACGCCCUGUGAGAUGCAUGCUCAACCGUGACGAAGACAUAUUGACGUCUGGACAACGCCAUCCCUUCCUGGCACGCUGGAAAGUGGCAGUCAACAGCGAUGGCAAGCUUCAGGCCUUAGACGCCGAUGUCUUUGCAAAUGCUGGUUGGAGCCAAGAUCUGAGUGGCGCCGUCGUAGACCGUGCGCUUUCUCACAGUGAUGGUGUAUAUAUGAUUCCAAACGUACACGUCCGUGGUCGCCUCGCAAAGACAAACACUGUAUCCAACACAGCAUUUCGUGGAUUUGGUGGGCCACAAGGCAUGUUCAUAUCCGAAACCUAUAUGGAAGAGAUUGCGGACCGUCUAAAUAUGCCAGUUGAAAAGCUUCGAGAGGUGAACAUGUAUGAGCCUCAUGCAAUAACGCACUUCAAUCAGGAGCUCAAAGACUGGCAUGUCCCACUCAUGUACCAACAAGUCCAGACAGACUCGUCGUAUGCUCAACGUAGAGCGGACGUCACAGCCUUUAAUGCCGCCCAUACUUGGAAGAAGCGUGGUCUUGCCAUCAUACCUACCAAAUUCGGAAUAUCUUUCACGGCGCUGUUUCUUAAUCAAGCUGGUGCGCUGGUUCAUGUCUAUCACGACGGAUCAGUAUUGGUCGCUCAUGGGGGUACUGAGAUGGGUCAAGGUCUGCAUACUAAAAUGACAAUGAUCGCAGCAGAAGCACUCAAAGUGCCUCUUGAAAAUGUAUUCAUUAGCGAGACGGCCACCAACACUGUGGCGAAUACUUCGUCUACUGCCGCUUCCGCAUCAAGCGAUUUGAAUGGUUACGCCAUUUUCAACGCCUGCGAACAGAUAAAUGAUCGCUUAGCGCCGUAUCGCGCGAAACUUGGUCCAAGUGCGUCAAUGAAGGAGCUCGCACAUGCAGCAUAUUUCGACCGUGUCAAUCUAUCCGCCAACGGCUUCUACAAAACUCCCGACAUUGGGUAUGUUUGGGGUCCCAAUACUGGGCAGAUGUUCUAUUACUUCACGCAGGGCGUCACUGCUGCUGAAGUUGAAGUCGAUACCUUGACAGGCGAUUGGACUUGUCUGCGCGCUGACAUCAAGAUGGAUGUUGGUCGAUCAAUCAAUCCCGCAAUUGAUUAUGGUCAGAUUGAAGGUGCUUUCGUUCAGGGAAUGGGCUUGUUCACUAUGGAGGAAUCGCUGUGGCAUCGCGCAUCCGGCCAGAUUUUCACACGCGGCCCUGGCACUUACAAGAUCCCUGGCUUCAGAGAUAUUCCCCAGAGAUUCAAUGUCAGUCUGCUGAAAGACGUCGAGUGGGAAAAUUUGCGAACCAUACAACGUAGCAGGGGGUGGGAGAGCCGCCCUUGUUCAUGGGCAGCGCAGUGUUCUUUGCUAUUAGAGAUGCACUAA